CCUUGAGGUUUUCGAUCCUCGAAAAUUGGCGAAGAGGUAGAGUUGGUAGGAUUACUAGAUAUGGACGCACCCGAAGAGCCCCUUGAUUUAAGAACUGUAACCAGUUCACCAGGUGUAACCAGUUAUUUUAUGCCUGCGAUUUCACAAAUAACAACAUCUACAGCAUUCACAUCAACACUAACAACGCCCCUGAAUAUUCCUUCAACAGCUGUUACCAUCACAAGUCUGUUAUCAACAUCUCUACGUAUGAGUGCUAACCUUCUUAUGCAGAGUGCCCGACUAUAUGAACUACUGAACGAUUCUAACCACAAUAUUCAUAAUUCCUAUCAAAACACUUGGUAUUCGGGUGAUUUAAACGAAGUCACAGAUAUUCCAAUAAAUCUGGAAUAUAAGUCAACCGAUGUAAAUUCACGGCAAGUCGAAAUCUGUUUAGAUAAUUCGGAACUUUUGAAAACUGAAACUGAUACGGAUAAGGAGAAUAGUGACUAACAUGCAAGGCAUGUCAAUAAAAAUGUACAGAUUUUUACCUUGAAUUAAUAAAUGCUAAUUCAACUUAAAUUGAAUAUAAAUAUAUUUAUGUUGGUCAGAUAGGCACAGGGUAUAGCAGUGUGCUUUCUCAUAUAUAUCUUAGGCUAAAUGGGGAGAUGAUGUGAAGAUCGAUAUUCGUGAUC